ACUAAUUCUUCUUGUGACGUGUACCCUGCCGCAUAUAAAUUUAUAAGCUACACGUCUCUCGAUUCGCAUUUAUUUAUGAAACACAAGUGAUAAAACAUUCGGCAUACGCAUUGUCUUAAACAUUUACAGUUAAAUCUUAAAGUAAACCUAAAUAUAGAUAAGUAGAAGAGGCCACGUAAGCCAGAGUUUAUACCGGCGAAAAUUCUUCGUUUAGCAACAACAAUGAAGCAGCUGUCAAGCCUAUUGUUGUUGGCAUUUAUUGCGGGGGCUGCUCAAGCCGCCUUCUAUUCCCCCUCCGAUGGCGUUGUGGAAUUGACGCCCUCAAAUUUUGAUAAACUAGUGACCAACGAUGAUUCUGUAUGGAUUGUGGAAUUCUUUGCACCCUGGUGUGGUCAUUGUCAGAGCUUGGUUCCUGAAUAUAUCAAACUGGCCAAGGCAUUGAAAGGUGUUGUCAAGGUGGGCUCUGUUAAUGCAGAUGAACAUAAUUCGCUUGGUGGCCAAUUCAAUGUACGUGGCUUUCCCACAAUCAAAAUAUUCGGAGCCAAUAAACGAUCGCCCACGGAUUUCAAUGGCCAACGCACAGCUAAAGCUAUUGCCGAAGCUGCUCUAGCUGAGGUGAAGAAGAAGGUGCAAGCAGCUUUAGGCGGCGGCGGCAGCAGCAGCAAUGGUGGCAGCUCAUCCAGUGAUGAUGAUGUCAUUGAACUGACUGAAGAUAACUUUGACAAACUGGUAUUGAACUCAGAUGACAUUUGGCUGGUCGAAUUCUUUGCACCAUGGUGCGGACACUGCAAGAAUUUGGCUCCCGAAUGGGCUAAGGCUGCCAAGGAGCUGAAGGGCAAGGUUAAGCUAGGUGCUCUCGAUGCCACAGCCCAUCAAAGCAAGGCCGCCGAGUAUAAUGUGCGUGGAUAUCCAACAAUUAAGUUCUUUGCCGCCAAUUCCAAACGGGCCAGCGAUGCUCAAGAAUACGAUGGUGGUCGCACUGCCUCUGAUAUUAUAUCCUGGGCUAGUGAUAAGCACGUAGCCAAUGUCCCAGCCCCAGAGCUAAUCGAGAUCAUUAAUGAAUCCACAUUCGAUACAGCCUGCGAGGGCAAACCAUUGUGUGUAGUUUCUGUAUUGCCGCAUAUCCUCGACUGUGAUGCCAAGUGCCGCAACAAAUUCCUGGACACUUUGCGUACUCUGGGCGAGAAGUAUAAGCAGAAACAAUGGGGCUGGGGCUGGACUGAGGGUGCUCAACAGCUGGCUCUUGAGGAAUCAUUGGAAGUGGGAGGAUUCGGUUAUCCUGCCAUGGCUGUGGUUAACUUUAAGAAAAUGAAAUUCUCUGUCCUCAAGGGCUCCUUUUCCAAGGAUGGCAUCAAUGAGUUCCUACGCGACAUCUCCUUUGGACGUGGUCAUACAGCCCCAGUACGUGGAGCCAAGAAGCCCGCCAUUGUCAGUGUCGAUCCCUGGGAUGGCAAGGAUGGUGAAUUGCCCGCCGAGGAAGAUAUUGAUUUGAGCGACAUCGAUCUAGAUGAUAAUGGCAAGGAUGAACUGUAAACAUUUAACAGAAUCCUUCAAUCAAGACUGCUCAACUUUCCAACUAAAAACACACACAAAUGAGAAACUUAAACAUUUUUAUACAUAUAUCUAAUAUAUCAUAAGUCAGCCAGAGUAUCUAAAACACAUUUAGCUUUUUUUCUAAUCAACCUCAAUUUAGAUGUAUGUAAUAAACGAGAAACCAGCGAACAUGAGAAUUGUGUACAAGAAAUGGAAAUAAAUUAACAUAAACUGUAUAACAAAAAAA